AUGUCAGGAGGAAUCGCUACCCAUGAGGUGGCCCGAAUUGUUAAAAAGCGGAAUAGGGCAGAAGAUGGGGUUUCGCAGAGGGUUAGGAGGACUAGAAACGAUGAGGAUUUUCCAAUGACUGAGACGACCACAAACGACAAUGUCACUCCAUUAGGAGGGGAAUUCGACAAAGAACAAGUUUCCAAAAGGGUCCGAGCGAAUCUUCAGAAGGCGGAGAACUGGACUGUCCAACAUCCUUCAAGUGAGCUGGUACCUCUUGACAAAAUUGACAUUGAAAGCCUGCUAGGCCAUUUGAUCUCAAAGGUUGACGAAAAGUUUGAUCAUUACAACAAACUUUUCGAAAGCCUUGGUCAAGAUCAAAUAAAGAGGCUUAUGCGGUUUUAUUUGUUUGAUGGCGUGAAAAAAUUAUGCCAAGAAGGGAAUGUACAUCUAGAAAGACUUGUGGAGACAACUCAGUCAAAAAAUGUCGGGGUUUACUUGCUGGAGAUGUGGAUGUGUAAUGUUUUCCAAACUGUUCCUUGGAAAGAUCUUGAGGAGUAUACUCCCCUAGGCAGUCGUAUCGCCUGGGCAGGCCAACACCUCAAUGUUGCAUUGCCAUUUUGGCAAUCGUUCAGAGAUAACGAGGGUUCUGAACUUUGGAAAGAACAAGCUAUGGGAGUUACUAAGGAGGGCUUUCGAGAGUUUCUUUUAUCUGCAGACCCUCAGAUUCGAGCUUGGGCUGAGAGUAUGAGAAACUCGUUCCAUGCCAUACGAACUUCGCCAGACCCAAAUCAUCGACAAUACGAUAAGGAGGCGAUGCAAAAGUUCCACGAAAUUGGAGUCACUGUAUACCAUAAGCAGGCGAUAGCCUCUUAUCGGAGAGUUCUUCUAGGGGGCAAAGACUGUCAAGUGAAGAUUAACGGAGGACAUGUUCUUUCACUAUUUCCCGGAAACUAG